AUGCAGAAUUAAGACACAUACACACACGCACUCACAGACACACACCAUCCAUCUCAUCGACCGUCACUUCAGCAUCAGCGUCGGCUUCGGCUCUAUCCUCUUCACCUCUACUCACUUUGCCAGAAUGUACGGAUCAGUGAUAUUGAUCCUCGUGCUCCUGAAUAUUGGAGCUGCCGAGGCCGUGGGUAAUUUAUGUUAUAUCCUUGAUGGGAUUUUGAUUAUCUAUGGCAUUGUGCUGACGAUCCUCUACUGCAGAUUGAGGCUGCGGUCAGGAAAUAAUGUGACAAAUGAAGAGAAACCAGAAGGCAUCUACCAGGGUUUGGCACAUAAAAAUCAGGAAACCUAUGAGACGCUCGGCAUAAAGAAGAAACCUUUGCCAUAAAAUGACAUUUUUCAUCUGUGUUCUGAUUUACAACACAUCCGUCUGUCUAACAAGCAUUCCUUUUGUUUUACACAUGUAGAUCUGUUUUAUAUUUUGCUGACUAAUAUAUUUUCUUUUUCCAUUUUGUUAUACAGGUUGCUUUUUCUUAUUUGUUUGCAUUCAUACUAUUCAUUUUUACAUCACAUAACUUACAUAAAGGGUUGGAUUUAAACGCCAUUGACGGCUUUCUUAGAUUAGAAGUGAAUCACUGUAUAAUUAUGAUCUAGCAGACGUAAUUAUAUAAUUAUGUCAAUUAUAAUGAAAUUACAGUGCUCUUAAAUAUUAUUAAUUUGCUUGGAGACCGAAGGUGAUGAAUGUGCAGAUAGACACCUUCAAAAAAAGAGUUCAAAUCACUGAUAAGAACAAAUAAAUUAUUAUGGGGGAAAAAUCUGUUCUUUUCACUAUGUGCUUUUAUUUACAAUAUUUUAAAAAUAAAA